UGUCAUUCGUCCUGAUCAUAUGAUCGACGGGAGCCGUGGUACCUUGAUACCUUCGGCUUUGGCGUUCCUCGAGACCUGAGCGAUCUGAAGACAAAUCGUCGGCUGCGUCCGAAUUCGCAAGCCUGACCGCGCUAGGUCGACGAGCUGGUCAUGUGAAAAGCGGUGCUGUUUCCGCACAGAGAGCAGUUUUCGCCCGCAGUUUGAGUUUGUUGACCUGCAGAGAGUCUGGUGCUCCUCUCAAGCGAGAGAACCAUGGCUCUGCGGAAGGUGAAGGGAAACCUUGAGCGGAUGUUCGACAAGAAUCUCACUGACCUGGUCAGAGGCAUCCGAAACAAUAAGGAAAAUGAGGCAAAGUUUAUAGCGCAAUGCAUCGAAGAAAUCAAGCAAGAGCUGAGACAAGAAAACAUAUCAGUCAAAGCGAAUGCUGUUGCCAAACUGACCUACCUGCAAAUGAUGGGUUACGACGUAAGUUGGGCUGGAUUCAACGUCAUCGAAGUCAUGAGCUCGACCAAGUUCACCUACAAAAGAAUUGGCUACCUCGCUGCCUCCCAAACCUUUCACCCUGACACAGGGCUUUUGAUGCUGACGACGAAUAUGGUGCGCAAAGACUUAAACAGCCAGAGUCAGUAUGAGGCCGGUCUGGCACUCUCCGGCCUUUCAUGCUUCAUCAGUCCUGACCUGGCUCGUGACCUGGCCAAUGACAUCAUGACCCUAUUGUCGUCGACUAGGCCGUAUCUUCGUAAAAAGGCCGUUCUCAUGAUGUACAAAGUGUUUCUUCGAUUUCCUGAAGCGCUCCGGCCAGCCUUUCCUCGGCUAAAAGAAAAACUGGAAGACCCUGAUUCUGGAGUGCAAUCGGCUGCAGUGAAUGUGGUUUGCGAACUGGCGCGAAAGAACCCGAAGAACUACCUGAGCUUGGCGCCCGUCUUCUUCAAGUUGAUGACCACCUCAACCAACAACUGGAUGCUCAUCAAGAUAAUCAAGCUGUUUGGCGCACUUACACCGCUAGAACCACGACUCGGAAAAAAGCUUAUUGAACCCCUCACCAACUUGAUCCACAGCACUUCAGCCAUGUCUCUCUUGUACGAGUGCAUUAACACAGUGAUAGCAGUUCUUAUCUCCAUAUCGAGCGGAAUGCCAAACCACAGUACCUCCAUUCAGCUUUGUGUCCAGAAACUUCGGAUUCUGAUCGAGGACUCUGACCAGAAUUUGAAAUAUCUUGGCCUCCUGGCUAUGUCGAAAAUCCUGAAGACCCACCCGAAAUCUGUUCAGUCCCACAAAGACUUGAUUUUGCAGUGCCUUGAUGACAAAGACGAGUCCAUAAGGCUGAGAGCUUUAGAUCUGUUAUACGGAAUGGUUUCCAAAAAGAAUUUGAUGGAAAUUGUGAAGAAGCUGAUGAUCCACAUGGACAAGGCUGAGGGCACCAGUUACAGAGAUGAACUGCUGUCCAAAAUUGUUGAGAUCUGCUCGCAAAACAACUACCAGCACAUAACCAACUUUGAAUGGUAUGUGAGUGUGCUGGUUGAACUAACGAGAAUGGAGGGCACAAAGCACGGACCAUUGGUGGCCAACCAGCUUUUGGACGUUGCGAUCCGAGUUUCAGCUAUUCGCAGCUUUGUCGUUGCCCAGAUGGCCCUGCUUCUUGACAACGCUCACUUCAUCACAGGCUUCUCUCAACGAGCAAGCAUGUGUGAAGUUUUGUAUGCAGCUGCAUGGAUCUGCGGAGAGUUUUCUGAGUUUUUGCCAGACACAAAGUCAACUCUGGAAGCCCUUCUCCGAGCUCGAGUCUCAUCCCUUCCGGGUCACAUCCAGGCUGUCUAUGUCCAGAACAUCAUGAAGCUCUACGGUCGACUGUUGACUGCAAACGUGGACGAUGCAAACAUCGACUCAGACAUGGUUGCUAAGUCGAUGGUUGAAGAAAUUUCUGAGCUCGUUGCUGGUCGUUUGCCUUCGUUUGUGGAAAGUAGCGAGUUAGAAGUGCAAGAAAGAGCUUCGGUUGCCCUACAGCUGGUCAAGUUUGUCCAGAAACAAAUGGGAAAAGGCCAGGCUGCUGGACUAGGAGCUGAAAUUGUUUCUCUGUUCGACGGAGAGCUCAACCCUGUGGCUCCAAAAGCGCAAAAGAAGGUGCAGGUGCCAGAAGGCUUGGAUUUGGAUGAGUGGAUAAAUGAACCCCCGCCGUCUGAGAGUUCCGACUCGGAACCUGAAAUAGAAAGGCCGAAUCUUUUUUCGGCAGGAAAUGCCGAAAAUUCUUAUUCUGAGUCAUAUCAAGGGGCAAAACCAGUUGAAUUGACUCAAGAAGAACUUCAAAAACAUCGAGAUGCGAGAAAGUUUGAGCAAGCGAGCAACCCUAACUACUUGAAGGGCGGCACUUCGGAAAGCAAGUCCAACUAUAUUGACGUCUCAGAAGUGCCUGUGGCUCAAUUAGAUCUUCCUGUUAGCCUGAAGAUUCCAGGCUUGGUUUCCUCUGACCAUUAUCUGAAGGAACAAAAGGAGAAGGUCACUAGCAAGAAAAAAGUAACAAAGAAGAAGAAAAAGUCAAAGAAGAGCAAAGAAUCGAGUGAUGAAGAAGAAUUGGCCACUCCCUUGCAUGUAGUCAACACUGACGUAGGUGAAAUGCCCGAGGGCGCUUCGUUGUCCGACGGCCAGGACGAUGAAAACAACGACUCCAAUGAUCCUCAUAGAGCUCUGGACAUCAAUCUAGACGAGCCAUUACGAGCAGAAGAGAAAUUGCCUGUUCGAAGUCACAGAGAAGCGCCACCAUCAAAGUUGGAAGUCGUGGGGUUGAAAGAUGAAGGCAGCAAGAAGAACAAAAAGAAAAGUUUGAAAAAGGAGGACAAGAAGGAAAAAACAAAGAAGAGUAAGAAGGAAAAAUCUGUUGUUAUGGACUUGAUCCAAAAUGGAGAACAUCCGAAUCCACCAGCAAAUGAGCCAAGCACUGAUUUCUGGCUGGAUCAUGCAGACUAUGAGGCAAUGCCCGACACUUCAAUGUCAAAAUCUCUGUUGGAAGAGCAAGAGAACGGAAAGACAAAGAAAAAGAGCUGCAAGUCCAAGGAGAAGACAAAGGACAAGAAAAAGCGAAAGGAGAAAAAUGUGAUCAAGUCUGAAGACACCGACUCUCUAGCCACUGACAUUGCCUCGUUGUCGGUAGAGCCAAGUUUUGUUCCCAACUUUGUCCAAGUUGCAAGCAACAAGGAUAAAACCGUUUCAAUUUCUACCCUUCCACAAUUGAGUGGCAGCCAACUGCUUAUAAGUGUCACAGUCAACAACACAACAGUUUCACCUCUACGAAGUGCCGAAAUUAGUUUUUCUAAAAAUGCUGACCUUGAGCUCAUUCCUGAUGGCUUGAAAACCACCGAAUUUGGCUCCUACCGUUUCCAGCAAGAGUUCCCUCCAGGCUGUUUAACAUUCCCAUUGCUUUUCAAUGUUGCGAAUGUCAACAGUGCCUACAACGUCAAAGCUACCGUUAUUUUUAAUUUAGAGUCCAACCAGGACAAAAUAGAUCUUGCGGUCAAUGUGCCGUCUGCACUUUUCCUGAAGCCAAUGCCAAUUUCUGGCUCUGAUUUUGCUGAAAAACUUGCUAGCGGUGAUAUGCAGCAUCUUACUUCUAAGAAAUUCCAAACUAAGAAGACUUUCAAAGAGGCCCUGGGUUUCUGCAUGGCUAUUUUCUGUCUGGUGGAGCAAAUAGGGGACACGGCGUCCCUGUCGGCGCAAACACCGAAGGGCCAGCAGGUCUUUUUACUACUAAAAUCACAGGGUGGAACAUUGAGUCUCGACGGAAAGAGUGACAACCAAGAACUGAUUGAGAACGUCGUCCAGUGGCUGCAGCAAGUUUUGUCUGCCUGAUCGAAUCCCAGAGGGAACAUCAACAAGCAUAUUAUCGAAUAUUCAAUUCUGGUGAUUAUAUAUGGACUUCACAUUCCACUUAACCAAAAUUGGUGACAAAGUGUAAGCGGAUCAAAAAUUGUGCAUUUUUGCCUGUUAUAUUACGCAGAUGGAGGGCACUCCAAAAAUUACUGACUAUUGAAGUAAACUAUGUGUUGUUGAUUGUAAUAAAAAUCAUGCAGUGCAAUAUUAAUA